UGGGGCUGGGCCAGACUGGUCGUUCUUCUGCUCUGGGACACUCACGCGGUCCUGGAACAGCCGCCAGGGUCUCCGGCUUGGGGGGCGGCUGGUCGGGGAAAUUGAUCUCCGGACCCUAGCCCUCCAAGUUGGGCAGCUCUGGCCCUGCCUCCUUCGGGUGGUCGUCGGGAGGCGACGUCCAGGCCUCGGACACACCUGGACCUCUGGUUCUUGUGCAAGGCAGAAUCCAUUCCUCAGACAUCCGGUGAAGUUGUGUCCAAGACAAGGAGACCAUUGGGUCUGUGGUGGAGGCUGAAGAGGUGGGAUGCAUGAAGCCCAAGGAUCUCCGUGGAGGUUUGCCCACCUAUAACCAUGGGACGCAGGAAGUCAAAACGGAAACCACCCCCCAAGAAGAAGAUGACAGGCACCCUGGAGACCCAAUUCACCUGUCCUUUCUGCAACCACGAAAAGUCUUGUGAUGUGAAAAUGGACCGUGCUCGCAAUACCGGAGUCAUCUCUUGUACCGUGUGCCUAGAGGAAUUUCAAACGCCCAUCACAUAUUUGUCAGAACCAGUGGAUGUGUACAGCGAUUGGAUAGAUGCCUGUGAGGCAGCCAAUCAGUAGCAACACAGAGGACCCAUCCCUUGGUGGCCCUGCCUGCCACGGACCCACCUGCUGGGUCCCAAUCCAGAGACAUUCCAGGGGUCCAGGGUGUGGGUCCAGAGCUGUGUGUAUGGAAUGGGUGUGAGCGUGAGUGAGCUGGUGUGGCUGCAAGCAUGGCUGUGUGCACGUGGACUUGGGGUGAAAUUGGUCUCCUGGGCCUGAGAGGCCCAAACUGGCCUCAUUUGGCUCCAGACUCCUUUGAACUGCUCCAUUCUCCAGCCCCAGCCUCCUGUGGCUUUGGAGUCCUGGCUCCUUCAGGGUAGGUUCCUGACAUCCUGGGCAAGGGAAGCCACCAGAGUCUGAAGAGGGACCUCCCUGGACUCCUCACCCACCUCACCAGCACCUCACCUGUGUGAACAGGAUUUCCCGCCCUUCUUCCCUUCCUCCCAGUGCCUGUAACUGGGUGUCAGCCACGUUCCCCAGGUCCCUUGGCUGGGCCUCGGUAGGAGGCCAGCUCCCCUGUGCUAACUAGAUAAGCUCUGUGUUAAUGGGAGCUGCUUUAUAGAGGAGGCAAGGAACGGUGUGGGGAUAGCUGUCAAUCAACUAGCCCUUCAAUAAAGCAGCUCAUGCAGA